AUGCGCCCUUACAGAUGCAGCCCGACCUUGCACUCAAGGACGGUCGUGUCCAAGCCACAUCCUCACCUGGAGCCAUCGCCUCUACCAUUGCAGCCUGUUGAGAAUGUUCCCUCGACUCAAGUUCGUGAAUUAUGUCCGAUUCCUCCUGGCUUACGAAGAUUGUCACCAACGAAAGCGUAUCGAGGCUCGGCUGCUUCAAUUUCAGGCCGAGGGAAGUUGGGAUUUGUCCCGAUCACAGCUCCCCCUCCGCCAGCCUUCACGACCGAUUCACCCACCAAGCGACCAUCUGUUCCGGCAUUCAGUCUUACAGCUGCCACUUCAUCGAUGCCGCAAUCCGCUCUUUUCACAACCUUUCCCUCAGUCAACCCUGGGAAACGGUCACACAAGGAAACUCAUGUCUUAGAUGAUACUCCCAGUGACAGUUUCGCUGACUUCCCUGAGCCUACCUUGAUAUCCAAGCAUUCUAUGAAAAGAACCCUUCUAGACGCCGCCCCACUCAAGGAACGGGCGAUCAAAAAAUUGAAGCGUGAAGACAUUACUGUGAUGCGACUCCCAGAACCAUACGAGAUGCCACUAGUCGAAGAUGACGGCACAAAACCACCGUACAGCUAUGCAACCCUGAUUGGAAUGUCUAUUUUGCGUGCUCCUAACAGGAAGCUGACCCUUGCACAAAUAUACAAGUGGAUAUCUGACACUUUCUCAUACUACAAGAAUAGCGAUCCUGGAUGGCAGAACAGCAUUCGCCACAAUCUCAGCCUCAACAAAGCAUUCAUUAAACAGGAGCGACCGAAAGAUGAUCCAGGCAAAGGCAAUUAUUGGGCCAUAGAGCCUGGCAUGGAGGCGCAGUUUCUCAAAGACAAGCCCCUGCGCCGAGCGACAAUGUCAAGUCUCCCGCUCCCGGCAGCUCCUCCUAGGGAUCCGGCUCCUUCUCAGAGCUCUAGUACAACCACAUGGGCUGUUCCUCCACCGACAUUUACUACAACAGCGAAACCAUCGAAGACUGUAGAUCUGUCAUCUGACGCGACGCUUCCUGCUUCUGACCCCGCGCUCCAAGAUGAUACAGGCGACGAAAGUGUGAAUUGCAAUGCUUUGCAGCCUCCAGCUCCUCGUUCUUCUCCUCCCCAACCGAUCCAUUCCUCACCUCCUGUUAUAGCAGCUCGCUACUCCCGCCAAGGAACCCCUCCAACUCCUUCUCAUAAUAAUACAUCUUCCAGCAUUGUCCACAUCAACAGCAAGCGAAAAACGCAUGCUAUGAAUGACAGCGGUUACUUCUCGUCCUUGGAAUCUUCUGCCAUGCGACCAAACAAGGCCGGGCACAUCCUGACCUCAGAUUUGGAAAUCGAACCCCCUCGCAUCAAACGCGGUCGCGCAGAAGAAGAGAUUGCCCGUAUUCGAAGCUCGUCACAUGACAUAAGUCCCAGUCAUUGCGCAGUGGUGAAAGAAUCAGGGGUCGUCGUAAAUUCCUCUCCACUACGCGGUGAAUUUGUCAGCAUGCUUCCUCCUCCAAUUACGCCCUUAAUCAAGUUCAAGAAACCAGCAAAACCGCCGCCGUCCGUGUCGCCGAACACUAACCUUCGUAACCAUCGAAAAAAAAUUCAACAGAUGGUGAACUCUCCCAUCAAACAUCUGGGACUGACGGAUGAGGACCUUCCAUGGAGCCCUGCCUUCAACAUUCAAGACGAGAGUUUUACACCAAGUGACAGUCUAAACACGAGCUUCGAUGUUUUUACAGAUCCUACUACAGACAACUUAUCAAAUGCGGCAUAUGGUUCUCCCGAGAAACGCUCGGCGAAGCGUACCCGAGUUAAUCCUGGCGGCUCCAGCAGUAGUAUACUGGCUGAUAUUACAGCAGUGAGUGUCAACACUCGCACUGGUGUGCAGUCGAUGCCGUCGAUACCAUCGAACAAAAAGGGCCUUCUCUUCCCUGACUCCCCGUCCAAAGCCCCAGAACCAGGGCGCUACAUCGACGCCACUCAUGAUGACUUCUUCUCAUUCCAUCUUUUCGAUGAGAGUCCAGGAGAAGUUGAUGGCGUCGAUCUCCUGCAGGGAUUCCAGAAGAUUGGGGAUGCAAGCAAGGAAGAGACUUCGCGUCUAAAACCAUAUGCACCGAGGCCACAGUUUAAUCAUCGCAGCAACACGUCCUUGUUUUGAUAUCCCAAAAAAAUCGUUUUAAAAUGGAGAGUCGCCGAGUAAAAAAAGUGCAUCAGGCUCCAACCAUGCUAAAUUGUGUUGUUCAACAGUAUUGCAACUAUGCGCGCCAGCUAACCACUUUGGCCGAGAUACUGUCAUCCUACGAAUGAUGAGAUAUUAAGCGGACUAGGAACCAAUGCCCCCUCCUUUCCCGUUCUGGCUCUGUUUAAAUUAUCUACCUAUGAUUGAAUCGGUGUUUCUGGCGUUCUUCGUAUCGAGGGAAUAGUCAUUGCACCUGAGAUGACCUUGUUAUGACCUUUACGAUGACAUCUGAUCAGAUGUACAUGAGCAACAAUUUUGUUUCACGAACUUUGAGAGUAUUAUUCUGAUUUUUGUAUGUAACCAACACGAGUCAGUCUGUGGUUCCCAGUUGACAGUCAUAAAUAAUUUUC